UUUUGCAUUGCAUUAUAUUCGACGGGCGACAACGUGUAACUUAAUUUACUUUGAAAGAAAUUCGUGAAAAUCACAAAAAAUGGUUCUCGAUCUUGAUUUGUUUCGUGAAGAGAAAGGUGGUGAUCCGGAAAAAAUUCGAACUAUUGUUCGUAAUCGAUUUGCCGAUGUUGGCGCUGUUGAUAAUGUAAUUCUUUUGGAUAAACAAUGGCGUCAAGCUCGUUUCAAUUUGGAUCAGCUGAACAAAUCAAAGAAUAAAAUAUCGAAAGAAUAUGGCAACAAAGUGAAACAAAUGCGACAACAAGGAAUCAAAGAAUCGAAUGAAACAUCAACGCAGCAACCGAAUCAACAACAAGGUGAUGAUUGUACAAAAGUUUUCAGUACCGAAGAAUUACUUGGCUGUAUCAAUGAAAUCGAUGCCAAUACUACAUUGGAACAGCUGAAACAAUUAAAAAAUCAAAUUGAUGAUAAAAUUGUUGCCGUCAAUGAAGAACUGAAUCAAUUGGAAGAGAAUCGAAAUUCAAUUCUUCGUGAAAUUGGUAACAUUCUUCAUCCAGAUGUUCCCAUUUCAAAUAAUGAAGAUGAAAAUGCCAUCAUUCGAACUUAUGGUGAAUUUGAAACCAAACAAUUAUCACAUAUUGAUUUGAUCCAGAAAAUCGAUGGUAUGGAUUGUGAUCAUGGUGCUGAUAUAUCUGGAUCACGUGGUUAUUUCCUUCGUGGUGUUGGUGUUUUUCUUCAACAAGCACUCAUUCAAUAUGCCUUGAAUUUCUUAUACAAUAAUGAUUUUAUUCCAUUGUACACUCCGUUUUGGAUGAAAAAAUCAUUAAUGUCAGCCGUAGCACAAUUGAAUCAAUUUGAUGAAGAACUGUAUAAAGUUGUGAGUAGUAAACAAAAUCUUGAAGAUCAGGAUGAAAAAUAUUUAAUCGCAACAUCGGAACAACCAUUAUGUGCUAUACAUCGAAAUGAAUGGAUAAAUCCACAAUCAUUACCCAUCAAAUAUGCCGGUUAUUCAACAUGUUUUCGUCAAGAAGUUGGUGCACAUGGUCGUGAUACACGUGGUAUAUUUCGUGUUCAUCAAUUUGAAAAAGUUGAACAAUUUAUCAUAUGUGCACCGACUAAAUCAUGGGAACAUUUUCAUGAAAUGAUUUCCAAUUCGGAAGAAUUUUAUAAAUCAUUAGGAAUAUCUUAUCGGGUGGUUAGUAUUGUUUCGGGUGCAUUGAAUAAUGCUGCAGCUAUGAAAUAUGAUUUGGAAGCAUGGUUUCCCGGUUCGAAAGCAUUUCGUGAAUUAGUUUCCGUAUCGAAUUGUACUGAUUAUCAAUCCAGACGUUUACAGAUACGUUUUGGUCAAACGAAAAAAAUGUCCGGCCCAGUAGAAUUGGUUCAUAUGUUGAAUGGCACAAUGUGUGCCAUAACCAGAGCAAUAUGUGUCAUAUUGGAACAACAUCAAACUGCAGAUGGAAUCAAUAUUCCAGAACCAUUACAAAAAUAUAUGCCAGAUAAAUAUUCAAAAUUUAUUCCAUUCACCCAAUGAUUUUUAGAAUCAAUUUGAAUCUGAAAUUUUUUUUAAAUAAAAUUUUUUGUUGUCAAUGUCAAAAUAGUCA